AUGUUAAGAACAUGCAACACUUAGUCACAGUAACCAACACGUGUAAUUUACAAAGUUGACAACAACAACAAGAAAAGAAUUCAUUCAACCCAGAAAAUUCCAUGUAAGAAGAAGAAAAUGAAAAGUAAAAAAAUAGUGAAGACUUGAAGCAAUAUCUGUGUCUUCAGAAAGCACAACGGUCACAUGGCCACUUCUCCAAACGUGACAACAUUUAACACCAAACUUCACUCUUGCUCCUACAUAUCCCGCUCCAUUCCUCCCUCAUCAUGCAUCAAUUCCAAGUGCAUCAUCAUCAUCAUCACCACCACCUUUCCUUCCUCAAUUCCCAUCACUAUCACCCAUGGAGGGUUGCAAAAACUCCCCUCUAAAGCCAUGGAAGAAAGGCCCAACAAGGGGCAAAGGUGGCCCCCAAAAUGCCUCCUGUGAGUAUAGAGGUGUCAGACAAAGAACAUGGGGCAAAUGGGUCGCUGAGAUAAGAGAGCCUAAGAAGAGAUCAAGACUCUGGCUUGGCUCCUUUGCCACAGCAGAAGAAGCUGCUUUCGCCUAUGAUCAAGCUGCAAGGAGACUCUAUGGUCCUGAUGCUUACCUCAACCUCCCCCACAUGCAACCAAACCUCAUCAACUCCACCACCAAAUCUCAAAAUUUCAAGUGGUUCCCUUCCAACAACUUCAUCUCCAUGUUCCCCUCACGUGGACUUCUCAACCUCAAUGCUCAACCAAGUCUCCAUCUCAUCCACCAGAGGCUGCAACAGCUCAAGCACAAUGGGGUGUCUGCACCAACUCAACCACCACAUUCAAAGGUGGUAGAACUUGACAACUUGGUCAACCAAAACCAUCCAGAGAUUCUCCCUCCACUGCCCCAAGAUUCUCAAGCUUCACCACAAAAACAAACAGCUGAUUUUGAGGAGAAACCCGAGAUAGACCUGCUUGAGUUUCUUCAACAGAUGGGAAUACUAAAAGAUGAAAGAGAGGCAGAGAAAACUGACAGCUCAGGAAGUUCAGCAGUGUCAGAAGCUGCAUCACGAGAUGAGAGUGAACAACCAGGAGUGUUUUCUGACAUGAGUAGUGUUAACUGGGAGGAACUGAUUGAGAUGCAUGACCAUGAAGUUGUGUGUAACUAUCUUGCAUCAGAAGAAAUUCUUCAGUUUGAAGCAUAUGACACAAACGAGGACCUUACUUUCUCCACUUCCAUUUGGAACUACUAAAUUACUGAAGAAAAUGCACCUACUUUACCUACCUUUCCUAAGGUUGAAACUAGUUACACAUAGGUUUUGAGUGGAUCAAGUGUUCAACCAAUGAUAUGACUAUGAUCAGAAAGUGUUGGACUUUGCUUGUGUCUUUUACGAUAAAAUUUAUUUCUGUUGUCAGCUAGCAAUGUUUAGAGGGAAAAUAGUUUAUCAUAGAAAAAAGUGGGUGAGUGAAAAAGGAGCUUAGUUUAGUCUUCAACAAAAAACACUUUAUCAGGAUUUUGGUUAAAAGGUGUAGCUUGCUUUUGUGUUUCCUUCAUCUUAUGCUUUGUCUCUCUUAACUCGAAAGAUCACAAUCAAGCGUGUUUUUGAUUUAGGGGAUCUAAUUUUAGAUAUGAAUAAAAGAAUUGUUAAAGGAUA